AUGGACGAAGACAUAAGAUACCAACGCCUUCCCCAAUCGUUCUCGGUUAGGGAACUCGGGUCUUCCGAAGCAAGGGGUCUAUGGGGAAUCAAACACACUCGAAAACCAGUCGAUUUGAUGGUGGCAAAAGCUAAAAGUUCGUCAACACCCUUACAGCCACAAGUCGAACUACGAAUCACCGAAGAUGGAUGUGAAAUUAUCGGAGACAAGUUUAAAAAAGUUUUUCCCAUUCACACAGUUUCUUACGGGGUUCAAGAUUUGGUUUACACAAGAGUUUUCUGCAUGAUAGUCGUUAAAGAACAAAUUAGUGCGGACAGAAAACCAUUUGAUUGUGUGGCGUUUGUCUGUGAGAGUCGUCAAGCUGCGAGAAAUUUGACUUAUACGUUAGCUACAGCGUUUCAAGCAUAUAGCAGGAAAGUACGUAGUACUGGAACAUCUAAAUCUCGCUUUGCCAUUGAUUUAAGAACUGCUGAUGAACUAGAAAUGGAUCUUAGAAAAGUUGACUCUGAGGCAUAA